AUGAUCCCAUGUUUUCUGCUUCCCUCAACCUACCCUGCCAAUAGAUCACCAAGGACGAUCACAUCUCUUCUACCGCCUCCACCGCCAAUAUAUCACCAACGACGAUCACAUCUCUUCUACCGCCUCCAACCCACCCUGCCAAUAUAUCACCAAGGACGAUCACAUCUCUUCUACCGCCACCAACCCACUCUGCCAAUACAUCACCAAGGACGAUCACAUCUCUUCUACCGCCACCAACCAACUCUGCCAAUAUAUCACCAAGGACGAUCACAUCUCUUCUACCGCCUCCAACCCACCCUGCCAAUAUAUCACCAAGGACGAUCACCAAGGACGAUCAUCUCUUCUACCGCCUCCAAACAACCCACCCUGCCAAUACAUAUCACCAAGGACGAUCACCACGAUCUCUUCUACCGCCACCAACCCACCCUGCCAAUAUAUCACCAAAGGACGAUCACAUCUCUUCUACCGCCAACAACCCACCCUGCCAAUAUAUCACCAAGGACGAUCACAUCUCUUCUACCGCCAACAACCCACCAUCUGCCAACCUGCCCUGCCAAUAUAUCACCAACCAAUAUAUCACCAAGGACGAUCACAUCUCUUCUACCGCCACCAACCCACUCUGCCAAUACAUCACCAAGGACGAUCACAUCUCUUCUACCGCCACCAACCCACCCUGCCAAUAUAUCACCAAGGACGAUCACAUCUCUUCUACCGCCACCAACCCACCCUGCCAAUACAUCACCAAGGACGAUCACAUCUCUUCUACCCAACAACCCACCCUGUCAAUAUAUCACCAAGGACGAUCACAUCUCUUCUACCGCCACCAACCCACCCUGCCAAUAUAUCACCAAGGACGAUCACAUCUCUUCUACCGCCACCAACCCACCCUGCCAAUAUAUCACCAAGGACGAUCACAUCUCUUCUACCGCCACCAACCCACCCUGCCAAUACAUCACCAAGGACGAUCACAUCUCUUCUACCGCCACCAACCCACCCUGCCAAUAUAUCACCAAGGACGAUCACAUCUCUUCUACCGCCACCAACCCACCCUGCCAAUAUCUCUUUACAUCACCAAGGACGAUCACAUCUCUUCUACCGCCAACCCACCCUGCCAAUAUAUCACCGGACGAUCGUCUCUUCUACCGCCAUGCCACCACAAAUUGGGCAUUCACCACCUACAGAGGUGUUGCCCUUCCACGUUGCCAGGUUUACCACAUGAGUUCAUCAAGCAAUUAA